AAAACCAAAGAGCAAAGUCAAGAAACAAAUCAGCGAAACCUAAUAUAUAGAGAACAAACAGCAGAAACCAAUCUUAAAAAUUGUGAAACAGUUCCCGAAACGCAACAGAACCAAUAUACCAGCUCUAAUAAGCAAAGUUACUUUCAAAAAAAUUUAAAUAUUCACCAAGAAAAACCAAAAACCAAACAAACAAACCAAAAAAUCAACCAACAAAUUCAAACUCCCUCGGCCCGCUUCCAGAAACACCUCCAAUCACAACAACCAAAACCAAGCAGCAUCAGCAAAAUGGUCGAGCGUUUCGUCGAGUCACUCACUCACAUCAACGACUCUGGCGCCUUCGAUGCCAGCUUCGAGAUCAAGCGCAUCCCCGACACACCCCAGCAGGUAUUGCGCCAUCGUUGUGUAACCGAGCUGGAUCGUGAAUGCCUUGCGCGCUUUGUGCGCGACUUUGAAGCGCGUCACAGCGCGCAGCAGCCGGAGCAACAGCUGCAAACAGAACGCUCGUGCCGACGCAACAGCAGCAGCGCGCGCAGCCUAACACCCAAAGGUUCGCCCUACCUAUGUCGCAAGGCAAAGGAGUUCUAUCAGAAUGUCUUCAACAAUGUCACUCCAAGCGCGCAGAGCAGUCGCAGUAGUUCACCGCGCACGCCACAAAUAUCCUGCCGCGCCAGCACGCCCGACAAUCAGUCCACACACUCUGAUCUUGGCUACGCUGAAGGUCAAGCGCAUUUAGAUGAACCGCAUACAGAUGACAGCCGCUUUCAACGUUCGCAGUCCGAACGCUCUAGCUACCGUUCGGCUGUCAAAGUGUUGCAAUUCUUCUCGGGCAAAAAGAAGUGCAAGUCAAAGCAAGCGGUAGGUGUUGCAAGUGGAGCCGUCGCCGCCGCCGCCGCCGACACACGCAGCGUGACAGCUUCGCCGCAGCCGUUGCGCGCAACUACGCUCGGUUGUCAACCUUUGCCACAUUCUGACUCUGAUGUGGAAGAUAACAUUGAGGACGCCGCAUACUAUUUGGAUGGCGCGCAGGCUGAACAUGAUGGAGUCGUUGAUUUCGUGGUGGAGGAAGCGGAAGAUGAGCACGACGACGGCAUCUCUUCGGCCAGUUCGAAUAUCACACAAACCAGCAGCAGUCGCAACUAUUCGCCUGAUUCCUCAUUCGAGUUGCAUUCGCCGCUAUUGCCAAUAUUCAAGGUGACACCGCCACAGCACAACAAAGACAGCCGCAGCAAUCCAGCUUAUGAGUUUGCGCGCUUUCUACGCGGCUCCUUCCACGCCAAGCGCGCGUCGGUGACAAAAUUGCGGCGUUCCAUCAGCGACCCAGACACAUUUCAACACGUGGAUUUUACACAACCCCCACCGCCGCCGAGUGAGCGCACGAAGAGCAUUAGCGGAAAGCACGUAAAAAGCGUGAAGUCCAAGCAAGCGGCGGUAAGAGGUGCUGCCGGAGCGAUGAACCCGUCGUCAGCAAAUGUCAUAUGCAAUCCCAAUCUCCCCGCCAAUGCCUCACCAUUCCGCCGGGCUUGGGGUCAGUCGUCCUUUCGCACGCCACGCACCGAUAAGCACGCCCAUCACCAGCAGCAACAGCUGCAAUUGCAACAACAAUCCGGCCAGCAUCAGCAUCUCAGUCCAUUAGUGCGUCGCGCCUCAUCGAUGACUGCCUCCGACAAUGAUGUCUACAUCAAGUCCAUGCAUCACGGCGGCUACCAUGAUGAGCUCAAACAAGCGCGUAGUCAACAUCAGUUGGCUACAGCAGCGGCCGCUUUGGUGGCUGCGAGAAAUGCCGAUUGUUCUGCGGAAUCUAUGGCAGCACCACAAUUGGCGACGACAAACGCCACGUGUAGUAACAAUAACAACAAUGGAGACAGCAAUGGCAUUGGACAGCUGAAAUUGUCACAGCUCAAGACCACACUUGCGCCUCCGCCCACAGAUAAUGGUGGCGUUGGCGGCGUGGCCGGCUGGGGUACAGCCUUUGAACGGUUGCUGGACGAUCCCGCAGGCAUGCACACUUUCGCCGAAUUUCUGAAGAAGGAAUUCUCUGCAGAGAAUAUCUACUUUUGGACCGCUUGUGAGCGCUUUCGUGCGCUGGAGAGCGGCGCUGAGCGAGCAACGCAAGCGCAGGCAAUUUUCUCGAAACAUCUGGCAAAUGGCGCUUUGGAGCCAGUAAACGUCGAUUCGCACGCGCGUAGUUUGACACAAGAGAAAUUACAGAGCGCAGAACCGGAUAUUUUUGCGCCGGCACAGAAGCAAAUUUUCAAUUUAAUGAAAUUCGACAGCUAUCAGCGUUUCAUACGUUCCGACAUGUAUAAGAGUUGCCUAGAGGCGGAGGAGAAGCGCCAGCCAUUGCCGUACAAGGCGGACGAUUUAGAUGAGUUGCUAAGAACGCCGGUGCAUCAGCAGAUAGUCGCUGCAAUAGGCAGCGCUGCGUCGAAGCUGAAGAAGUCCGCCAGCAAUGCAGAGGACCGCUGUCGCAAGAGUUUGUUGCCUUGGCAUCGCAAAACGAGCAACAACAAAGCACCACGUGAUGUUGCCGAUGCAGGCGCUGAAGCGAAAAGCUCAAUUAAUAAGCAUGCGCCACUUUCCAGUCACUCACUCAAAUUGGCGCACACACAGAAUUCACAAAGCGACAUACAUAGCUCACGUUCGUCGCUCUCCUCCUUCGAUGGACUACCUGGCGCCUCUAUACUGCCAGGCACGUGUCGCGUCAUCUUGAGUGAUGCCUCCACAACAAUGGUGCAAAUGCGCCCCAACGAAACCGUUGGUCAGCUGGUGGAACGUUUACUGGAGAAGCGUGGCCUUAGCUAUCAAUAUUACGAUGUAGUGGCCAAGGGUACUACCAAAUCGAUUGAUUUGCAAACUUCAUCACAGACACUCGUUGGCAAGGAUGUGCUCAUAGAGCAGCGUGUCGCUUUCAAGCUGGAUUUGCCCGAUCGCAAAGUGAUCUCUGUGAAAAGCAAACCUAAGAAACAAUUGCACGAAGUUGUGCGUCCCAUUUUGCAUAAAUACAACUACGAUUUCGAGGCGGUACAGGUCGUGUUGCGCGAAACGCAGGAGCCAGUCGACCUGUCGCUCACUGUGACUUACGCUGAUGGGCAGCGGCUGCAGGCUGUAUGGUUGAAGCCACCGCCAUUAUUGCUUAGCAGCGACUAUCAAAAUGGCAAUGGAUGCGCGGCCAAGGUAGCAAAGCCUUCGGCUUCGACAAAGAGCGUCUCCUUUCCCAGCAGCGUGAAGCAAGCGAAUGGUGGCGGCAGUGUGCGCAAUGCCACCAAUGGUACUGGUAUAGUUGUGAGUUCGCUUUCGUCACAUCCAAAUCAGAGCGCCUUGGAUGAGCUGACCAACAAAGUGUUCACCGAGUUGAUGCAGGUCAAAGUAGAAGCCGCGAGCGCAGAAAAGCAACCGCAAUUGGUAGCAAUCAACAGCAAAGCGAAUGAUCUCGCUUCGCUUAAGUCCGAUGACUGCGCCUCAGAAACUUCAUCCAUUUUUGAGCGCAUACGUCGACGCGAUGCCAAUAUUGCUGGCCUCAAGCUGAAGCUAAAAAAGCGAUCCACAAGCAGUCAACAUUCCGAGGAGACGAAUCAAAGCAGUCAUACAACAGUUAGCAAUGGACAACUAGCUGCGCCUACAGUGUCCACUGCAGCGUUGGAUAUAAAGAAACCGAUUAUUGCAAAACUAAAAGCGGGGGUGAAACUGCAAAUGCCCGAGCGGGUAGCCGAAAAUCAAGAUGAACUACUCGAAGGCUUAAAGCGUGCCCAGCUCGCACGGCUAGAAGAUCAACGCGGCACGGAAAUCAAUUUUGAACUGCCCGACUUUUUAAAAAAUAAAGAAAAUCUCAACGCUUCGAAAUUGCGUAAAGCGCGCGCUAAUCUCAGUCCUAUCAACAAGCCCUACACAGCUACUGCGGCCACUACUUCACCCAUGCAUGCCAGCUUCACCACUACCAGCGUCUCCACCGCCUCAGCAGGCACCGAGGAGCUACCCUCACCGCAGCUUGAACGUCCACAACCCGCGCCACGUCUUUCCAUAACCAACAAGUUGAAAGGAAACACACCACUCGCGUCUGCUCUGAAGCCAGAGGAGGAGUCAGCAGCACCGACCACCACCAAUUUACUUGAAGGACAUCAAUCGCAGCCAACCACACCGCAACCAAAUACUUCGAGCUCAUCGCUAGAAGCUGAGUAUGCAGCGGUAGCGGGUAGUUGCAAGGGACCACCCCCCUUGCCGCCCAAACCCAAAGUGUUGCCCAUCAAGCCAUCGAAUUGGGGUGCUGCUUCUGCUGCUGCUGCCAACCUGUCUGCCUCGUCCACGACAACAUCGCCCACGACUCCCUCAAAGACAUUGCCGUCGUUGUUGCCGGUGGCUGCACCUAAAAACUACACCACUGUCGGGUUGUCUAAGGGCAUUACCACAAUGGUGGAAGAUGCUCCAAAGCUGCUGCAUGUCGCCAACAAGCAUUGCUUAUCGAAUGAGAUUGUGCCGCGUAAAACGCAUUUGAGUUUAGCAGCUGAGCAGCCGACAUCAGCACGUUGUGCCUAUCUCGAGGAGCCGAGUAGUAGUUUUGUUUGAAUGGGGAGAGAGAUAUAAAGAGACAUAUAUGUAUGUAUAUAAUAAGAUAAGGGAGGGUGUGUAAGGGUUAUAAGAUGGCUUGCAUUUUCCAAUUCCAUUCUCCUAAUAGCCAAAAUUAUUAUAAUAUUCAAUAUCCACGCCUAAGUGAUAAACAUUAUAUAUGUAUUUGCAAAUCUUUGUACUAUGUCCAUAAUGAACCCCUGCUAUUUAUUCGCAUAUUUCAUUUUCAAUUCAUUGAUAUUACUAAGUUAUCAUUUUAUCUAUGUAUUUGAAUGUAAAUAUUUGUAUGGCUUAUAUUCUAUUUAUAAAUUUAUGCAUGCAUAAUAAUACAUAAACUUACACACAUAUGUGUGUACAAAUUUUGGAUGUCAGCGUAAAGAAAUUUUUCAAUAGCAGUUAAUGUAAUCAUUUUAAUCGACGAAUGUUUCAUAUCUUAGGAUUCAAUUGUAUUUCAUGCAAUGACAGUCAUAAGCCUUAAUUUUUAUUACAAUACUAAAUAUGUAUUUGGGAAACAUCGAAAUUUUAGAUAAUAAAGUAAUUUUAUACAUUAAAUGCUAAUUACAUGUUUUGAGCUUUG